GGGUGCUUGAGUCAACCCAGACCACAUACACACACACGCACGCACGCAUAGAGCGCUCUCCUUCCUCGCAACACAAGUAUUCUCCACGCAUAGCACGAGCGAGCACCCUCUCGCCUGCUCUGCAUCUCUCCACGGCUUGCGUCACCAACACGCGCAUUCUUCGCGGCACUUCCCCCCAUGAUUGGCUUGUGGCGCUCCCGUUCCCCCUCCCCCUCCUCUUCAUCAUCGUCCACUACCACUACUACUACUACUACUACUACCCAUCCCGACGCUGCCUGCGCACGUCCCCGAACUCACGAAACGCAGGACCACGCAACGACAACCACUUCUGCCGCACCGCUUCCAGCAGCCACACCUUCAUCAGCACUCGCUGCGCCUCCAAAGCCCACCACCACCAAACCCAUCUUCCCUUUUCUCCUUGACAGUGACCCCCUUCUCCACUUUGACAUUGACACCAACACCAACAGCAGCACCGCCAGCAGCAACAGCAGCGCUGAGACAGACCUGCUGCUGGUUGACGGGUUUGGCCUGAACCUUGAGCAUCAUCAGCAGUGGAUGCCCAGCGAUAUCGACCAACAAGACGUUCUGUAUCCAUCCACGCCUUCAACAACAGCCACCAGCUCCGCCUGCAGCAGAGACAAGAGCCUGAAACCCGCAGCGUUGUGCUGCGAUUGGGACAUUCUCGCAACCACCGACGCGCUCCUUGAGGAGCCGACCGCAGCAACAGCACACACCAACACCCUGAAUUUUACCACCGAACACGACCUUCCCAUGGACAACAACAACAGCAGCAGCCACUCGCACCCGGUCACAACAAGCAGCCUUGCGUUCCCAACCUCCACAACCACGAGUGCCCACUUCUUGCUGGGGCUUGGCGAGCAGCACCUGGCCCACGACGCAUUGGAGGUGCCCGCGAGCGCAACUCACGCCAACAUCGCCAAUGUUGACGACCUGACCCUGCACCAGCACUAUCACUAUGGUGAACCAGGCCACGACAGCGACACCCACCCACACCACCCACGCCAACACCACUAUCGACAGCAUGACCCCCUACCUGCGCCAGAACACCUACCACACCAUCAUGAGCAACAACAGCCAAGUAUGGCACCAAGGGCGCGCGAAACCACGCUGUCGCUGGAGGAAAUUGCGCAGAGCAUGGGCUUGUCCAUGGACAUUUUCCCCACAGAGCACACGCAGCAGCAGCACCAGAGCCAGAUGGCAGCCGGUGGCCGUCACCCUGCCAGCAGCAGCACCAGCUACCAUGGCCAACGCCACUCGGCUCCCGCAGCCGGCACGGUUCAGUCAACAGACUUGUUCUCUGCUGAGCACGGCGCCCACCUUCACAGCGAUGCAUACGGGCAGCGCCGCCACCAGCAGCACCAGCAGCACCAGCACCUUCUCCAACACAGCCACCAAUCCCAACCCAAGCCGUACUCUCCCCACCACUCGCAGCAAGAUCCAACGCCACACCACAGCAGCAUCAAGGCCGAGCCAAGCGACCUGGACACGCACAGCAACCACUUGUCAGCGUCUUCCACGCCCCGCCUCCUGCCACUGCCUCUGGCCGGCAGCGAUCCCCUCUCUCCAGCGGCAUCAUCGCAUGUGCCGUCUGGAACGUCUCCUAUUCUCCUCAGCCCCGCGCACCAAGUCACGGUCCCCAUCUCCGAUGAGGAACUGCGCGCAAGUAGCAGCAGCGCCAGCAGGAGUAGCUUGAAGAAGAAACAGCAACGAAAGCGUGCAGUCAGCACGAGCGCCAAGCCCCGUCGCGUGUCCCUGUCCUCCCCAGCCUCGUCAUCUUUGGCACAGGCCACUUCAAUCGCACAGGCAAAACCAACCACCGGCAACACCGGUAGCAGCAGUAGCAGCAGCAGCAGCAGCAGCAAGGGCCGCCGCCGUCGUCUCAGCAAGGAUGAAGUUGUGGCCAAGCGCCGCACACGCAACCGCCUGAAGAGCGUACGCUAUCGUCAGCGCAAGCGCCAACGCCUGGAGGACUUGAAAAACAAGAGCACCAUCCUUCACGAAGCCUGCAAGCAAGCGUUCACCGCUCUUCUUGAGCGGCUGGGUCGCAUGCAGCAGGUUGAGCGUGCCACCCAGGACUUUGUGGCGGCAAACGAGCGCCUGUACCUGCAGGCAUUUCCCUCGCCGUACCGGCGCCGUCCCGUCACCACGCCGCUCGACAACAUCGACCCCCGCACCCUCAGCAAGGACGAGCGUGAAAAGCUCAUCAAGGAACGCAACAGGCUGUCAUCCAAGGGCUACCGUGAGGAGAAGAAGCGCGAAAUCCAAGCUUGGGAGACGUUUUACGCCACAAUGGUGCAGCGGACGGAGGUGCUCAACACGGUCCUGGCCCGCUAUGGCAUGGCCGAGAUUUCGGGCGAGGCGCUGGAAGAACCCACCGGAGGCGAAGGACAAGGGUCAUCUGAUGAGCAGGACAGCAACACAAACAGCCCCCACACGUUGAGCAGCAGCGUCGGCGCCCAGGAGAGCUUGCCUCGCAGCACGAGCCUGCCGCAAUCACCAACGGGUGCAUUUCCUCACAUGGGUGCCCCUGGCCCCCACUCGGUCGUCACCUCCCCUUCCCUUCGCCGUGCAACAGAGGCUGUUUCUCUGGGAGGCGGGACCACCACUGCGUUCCCGUUUGCGCCACUGGACCUUGCAUUCGACUCCAGUCACGCGCAUCAUCACAUGGCUCACCAUUCACAGUCGCCGCCGCAUCCGCCGUCGUCCUCGUCGUAGCAGCAUGCAGCGAAUCCCCUUCCCCCUUCACCUCUCUUUCUUUUUUUUCUUUUUUUUUUUUGCCUGUAUCUGCUUCUCUGUCUUGCACCGCGUCAAACGCACGCUGCAAAAAGGUCUCUGCUGGAUUGAUUGACCAUGCAGCUAGCUGCCUUCGUCUCCUUGUUGUCGCUGAAGCCUUAGGUUUUUAGAGUUCACAGUCGCCCCCCCCCCUCCUUGUCGUAGCUACAACUCUCCACACAUUCUCUCUGGCCGGCCCUGUGAACCUUGGCCUCCUCGUUUUCACCCCUUUCGUCGCUUCUAGCUUCACUUUUUUCCUUGCUUUGUUCUGGCUCGUUCGAUCUUCCUCUUGUUUAACUGCCCGAUAGCCCCUACUCACACCCGCUUUCCGUUGGUUGCGGCUGCACUCUCACUGGUGCGCUCGCUGCGAAGUUCGUUCUCUGCCUCUCAUAUUUGGCAUCGCCAGCAAAUCAGACCUGUGGCGCGAGUGUUCGUUGCCUGGUCCAGUGCCCUCACUGCCCUGAUUGCCUUGUUACCUUCUUCGCAUUUAGGCAUUGUUCGUUCCGCCUACAGCCCUGCCACACACCCCAAGAGAAAGACACCUGCAGUUGCCACCAUGUGCUGCCGUCUACAUGCUGCGUUCUUAGUUCUUCUUCCUACAUCUGCG